CCUGCGAUGCUGCCUGCCUGCCUCUCCUCCAUCUCGCCGCCCUCUCCGAGAUCCGUCUGACCAUCUAUCUCCGAGCUCCAUUGACAGCGACCUUGCCUGCAGGCGGUUUCCCUGGCCUGGCCUACUCCUCUCUCGCUGUCGUGCACCUCAUUAAAUCCCUCACUCAAAUAUUUCUCCAUUCUGCCGCUUCUCCUAUAAAUGCGUCGCCUCCGCUUGUGGAAAGCCUCCAAGGUCCAGCCUUGACUCCUUCUGCGCCGCCACCGCAUUGCUUCCUUCCAAUCCAAGACCGGGGGCGAGCGUCCCGAGAACAAGAUCGAGGAGGCCAAGAUGAAGGAGUACUGGACGGCGCUGGCGUCGCUGAUGGGCGCGUUCGCGUUCCUGCAGGGGGUGCUGCACGCGGUGUUCCCGGCGGAGCUGCGGGCGGCGGUGGCGCGCCUGCUGGGGCGGCUCACGCGGGCCUUCUCCCCCUACUGCUACUUCGACGUCACGGAGAUGGACGGCAUGAGCACCAACGAGAUCUACGACGCCGUGCAGCUCUACCUCAGCAGCACCGCCGCGCCGGCGUCGGGCGCGCGCCUCAGCCUCUCGCGCCCGCUCAACGCCUCCUCCUUCACCUUCGGGCUCGCCGCCAGCGACCGCGUCGCCGACGCCUUCGCCGGCGCCGCCGUCACGUGGGAGCACGUGGUCGCGCCGCGCCAGGGCCAGGGCUUCUCGUGGCGCCCGCUCCCUGAGGAGAAGCGCCGCUUCACGCUCCGCAUCCGCCGCGGGGACCGGGACAAGCUGCUCCCGGCCUACCUCGACCACAUCCUCGCCGCCGCCGCCGACAUCCGUCGCCGCAGCCAGGACCGGCUGCUCUACACCAACGCGCGCGGCGGCGCCAUGGACGCGCGCGGCCUGCCCUGGGACCCCGUGCCGUUCAAGCACCCCAGCACCUUCGACACGCUCGCCAUGGACCCGGCGCGCAAGGCGGCCAUCAUGGCCGACCUCCGCGACUUCGCCGACGGGAGCGCCUUCUACGAGCGCACCGGACGCGCCUGGAAGCGCGGGUACCUCCUGUACGGGCCGCCCGGGACGGGCAAGUCCAGCAUGAUCGCCGCCAUGGCCAACUACCUCGGCUACGACGUGUACGACCUGGAGCUGACCGAGGUCGGCAGCAACGCGGAGCUCCGGAAGCUGCUUAUGAAGACCACGUCCAAGUCCAUCAUCGUGAUCGAGGACAUCGACUGCUCCGUCGACCUCACCAACCGCGCCAAGCCGCCGCCGGCGCCGGCGCCCAAGCCGCGGCCGGGCAUCGACGGCGCGAUCGACCAGGACGGCGGCGCCGGGGCGGGGCGGUCCAUCACGCUCUCCGGCCUGCUCAACUUCACGGACGGGCUCUGGUCCUGCUGCGGCGCGGAGCGCAUCUUCGUCUUCACCACCAACCACAUUGAGAAGCUGGACCCGGCGCUGCUCCGGUCGGGCCGCAUGGACAUGCACAUCUUCAUGUCCUACUGCUCGUUCCCGGCGCUCAGGAUCCUGCUCAAGAACUACCUCGGCUUCCAGAGCGACGAGGAGCUGGACCGCCUCGGCGACGCGGCGGCUCUGCGGGGGCUCGAGGAGUGGGUCGACGCCGCGGAGAUCACGCCGGCGGACGUGAGCGAGGUGCUGAUCAAGAACCGCAGGAGCGGCAAGGCGGAGGCAAUGCGCGAGCUGCUCGACGUCAUCAAGGCCCGCGCGGGCGGCGGCGGCGCGGGCGCGGCCCCGGGGAAGGAGGCCGGCGGCGACAACGAGGAGGAAGAGGAGGAGAAGCGGGCCCUGGAGAGCCCCAAGGAGGGGAAGGAGCAGGCCGGCAUCGACAGCUGCGGUGACGGACAGGCCGAGGAGGCCGAGGCCAAGAAGCAGGUGUGAUGAGGCCGUGUGCCCGUGUGGCGUGAACAGAGCCGGCCAGCUGAGGCUGGAACGAUCGAAGAGGGAAAGCGAAGGGUUCAAAAUUUCCCUGUUGGGUGGCACGUUCCUGCCUGUUUUCACCGGAGAAAUCAAUGGCUGAAGGAAAGGAACUUUGCGGAGAGCACCUUUUUUUUAAUUUUUGUUUGGCCAUUCUUUCUUUAUUUUUCCUCUUUCGAUGCAUGUCGUAGGUGUCUUUUCUCUAGCCACCUACUAGGUAGUUCCAUCCCCCCCUCUAUUGUAACAACAAAGGAAUUUUAAUUGCAGUAGUGGGAACAUAUGAGGUGCUAAGCAAAGUCCU